AUGGCGCCAACCCGCAGCAGCGGCUGGAGCUCCUUCUCUGCAUUGCGUUCGACGCCUUCGCCCACAACCAUGCUAGAGGAUGCUUGCAGGCAGAAAGGUAAAGAAUUUGGUAUGGCUACCCGACAGUUCGCGCAAUUUGUGGUUCUUAGGAAGAUAAUCGAUGGGAAGAGGGCCGAUUUCGAUGGGUUCCUUUCCAACUUGGGCUUUGCAAAGGUUGGGGCACCGCCGCCACAAGCAAGAUGCCGAGGCGCUGGAGUGUAG